GGGGCGGGGGGGGGGCUGCCUCUCUUCGCCGUGGAAGCUGUGAGGGAGGGAGGUGCGCGCGCGGGGGGCCAUUUUAGCACUCGUCCAGCGACGGGCGGUGGAAGGUAUCGGCGUGCAAGGCCAGGCUGGGCCCCCUCCGGAAAGGUGGCAGAAGCCGAGCCGCCCCGUGCUGCUUUCUUCGCCCUUGCGGGGUCCGCCGCCAUGCUGCCCCCGUGGAGGGAUUCCAGUUGCCAGGCCUGAACGACGGACAAAAAAAGCCCUCCGGGGCGCUUCAGCUCUCGAAGUUCUGCUGCUUCCUCUCAAGCCCGCGGUGGGCACCGCAGUUGCCCUUCUCGUCCGGCGCCACCUGCGGCUGCUGCCACCCCAUUGCCAAACCUCCCCCCCCCGCCCGUCUAGUUUCCCCUUUUAAAAAAACAAAACCAAACAAAAUCUCCUGUUUAAUCUUUUUGCCCUCGCUUCUUCCAUUUUCUUGUGACCCUCCACGUACCCUGGGUUUCCUUACCGCCCCAUUCCCUUUCUUUUGGGGGCAUUGUCCCUGCUCCUCCCGCCAUUGUGUCCGGUGUGUGUGUUUCGGUCUGUGUUUUUCUCUUUCCGCUCCUGUAUAUUCUCUUCCUUUGGGCCAAGCAGCAGCUUCUGUUACUUCCCCACCACCUCCUCCUCCCAGUACUUCUUAUAAAGUUCCACUUCAGGGUUUCCUCUCUCGGAUAACUGGACACUCUUUCAACGGAAGGAUAAAUGUUUUGUUCUUAAUGCUCUGUACAGAGCUUUAUCUUCCUUUUUUCUUGUAUAUGCCUGUCAUCAACUUGGAGCAGCCCUAAGAGGAGGAAUGGUUAUGAAUAUAUAUUUAUUAUUUAUAUACACCUCGCCUCUAGUGUUCCUUGCUGAACAAUGCAGCUGAAAAGGGACAAAGUGAUUUCUUUGCUCAUGUGCCAUUCCCUCUGGGUUUCCUGCAGGUGAAAACCUCGAGUAGACUCCGCAUGCUUGCUAAUUAUAGAUGUCGGCGUACUAGCCAAGUCAGGGGGCAAUUUGUGACUAUACUUUCCCGCUUAUUUCUUUUUAAGGAACCAAAGUUCACAGACUGAUCCUCUCUGCAGUUUUUAAAGUCUUGAGAACUCUGUGUGUCAAAUUCCUACUACUUCUCACACCAUAGGCACUCAUCUUUUUGUGACGCCCCCUCCCCAUUGCAUUGGAGCAGUUGAACUUGAAAUACCAAUAGAGGUUGUCCUGGAGUGGUGUGUUUGUCCCUCUGAGAAGGCCUGUCUUUUUCCUUCUGGUUUCUUGGAUGUGAUGGAACUCAUGUUUGCAGAGUGGGAGGACGGGGAAAGAUUUUCAUUUGAAGACUCUGAUCGUUUUGAGGAAGACUCGCUUUGUUCCUUCAUUUCUGAAGCAGAGAGUCUAUGCCAGAACUGGAGAGGAUGGCGAAAGCAAUCAGCGGGACCCAACUCCCCCACUGUCAAAAUGAAAGAUGGGCUGGUGAUCCCAUUGGUGGAACUGUCUGCAAAACAGGUGGCAUUUCACAUUCCAUUUGAAGUGGUGGAGAAAGUCUAUCCACCAGUGCCUGAACAGCUACAGCUUCGUAUUGCCUUCUGGAGCUUCCCAGAAAAUGAAGAGGACAUCAGGCUAUACUCCUGCUUGGCAAAUGGCAGUGCGGAUGAGUUCCAGAGAGGCGAACAACUUUUCCGAAUGAGAGCUGUUAAAGACCCGCUGCAGAUAGGUUUCCACCUGAGUGCCACGGUGGUACCUCCCCAGAUGGUGCCACCAAAAGGAGCAUACAAUGUGGCAGUGAUGUUUGACAGAUGCAGAAUCACGUCAUGCAGCUGCACCUGUGGAGCCGGGGCCAAAUGGUGUGCCCAUGUUGUAGCCCUCUGUCUCUUCCGAAUACACAAUGCAUCUGCUGUGUGCUUGCGAGCACCUGUCUCGGAAUCUCUGUCUCGACUACAGAGAGAUCAGCUGCAGAAAUUUGCACAGUACCUCAUCAGUGAACUUCCCCAGCAGAUCCUUCCCACUGCUCAGCGUCUACUGGAUGAGUUGCUGUCUUCUCAGUCCACUGCCAUCAACACUGUAUGUGGGGCCCCAGAUCCCACUGCCGGUCCCUCGGCCUCUGAUCAAAGCACCUGGUACUUGGAUGAAUCUACACUGAGUGACAACAUCAAGAAAACUCUUCACAAGUUUUGUGGUCCUUCUCCUGUUGUUUUUAGUGAUGUAAACUCCAUGUACCUCUCCUCCACGGAGCCCCCAGCUGCUGCUGAGUGGGCAUGUCUUCUACGUCCUCUGAGAGGAAGAGAGCCUGAAGGCAUCUGGAACUUGCUUUCUAUUGUUCGAGAGAUGUUCAAGAGACGGGAUACUAAUGCUGCCCCUCUUUUGGAGAUCUUAACAGACCAGUGUCUAACAUAUGAACAGAUAACUGGCUGGUGGUACAGUGUAAGGACGUCUGCAUCCCACAGCAGUGCAAGUGGGCACACUGGUCGCAGCAAUGGCCAGUCAGAAGUGGCUGCUCAUGCUUGUGCGAGCAUGUGUGAUGAGAUGGUGGUUCUUUGGAGGCUUGCCGUCUUGGAUCCGACCAUCAGCCCCCAUAGGCGAAGGGAUUUAUGCAUGCAACUAAGGCAGUGGCAGCUGAAGGUAAUAGACAACGUCAAAAGGGGGCAGCACAAAAAGUCCCUUGAGAAGCUGUUCCAGGGGUUCAAGCCGGCUGUGGAAGCUUGCUACUUCAACUGGGAGGAAGCCUAUCCAAUUCCAGGCAUCACCUACAGCAAUGCUGACAAGAAGAACUCCUUUUGUUGGGUGAAGGCCAUCCAACAGAGGAACUGUCGGCCACAGUGUGCAGAAACCUUCUGUGAGGCAGGCAGAGCUCAUGGGCCAGAUGCUGCAGGGAUGUGCCUGCAGCUAGGGGACAGGUCACGCCCUGCCUCUCAGGAGCCGGCUGUGCGUCCCAAAGAACUCAUCGGGAAGCGGAAAGUUGUAUCUGAGGGCCCCCAGCGGGUUCUGAGACGGCUUUCAGCAGAAGGAGAUAAAGCUGCGUACAAAACAGCUGUGAACAAAGGCAAGCUUCCAGCAGGAAAAAGUUUGGCCAGUAAACAUAGCGGGAAGCGUCGUAUGAGCAGUGAGGACAGCUCUCUGGAACCAGACUUGGCUGAGUUGACUUUAGACGACAGCAGUUUGGCUCUUGGGGCAGAGGCCAGCAACACGUUCAGCUUCACGGAGAGCCCCUUGAGCAGGAGUUACAGGGAUACGUUUGAGGAUGAUGGCGGUGUUUAUUUCUCAGAGGCGACUGAGCCCACCCUCCGGAGCAGUCCUUCCACCAAGAAAACCCCAAAGGAUCCAGCGGGGGAAGUGGGUAGUGGAGAUGACGACCUCCCUUGCCCAGAUGAAAAUAGUGGUGGGGUGAGUCUGAAGCCAAAAGAAGUGGGGGAGAAUGGUGCAGCUGGAGGAGGAGGAGAAGAGGAGGACGAUGACUACCAGGUGUACUAUCUGAAUCCCCAGGAGGUGGCCAAGGAAGAGGAUGACAAGGCUGAGGGAGGGACAGAAGAAGAACAAGACAUCUUUGCUGGGAUUAAGCCCUUGGAGCAGGAAAACCGCAUGGAGAUUCUCUUUGCCUGUGCCGAGGCUCUCUAUGCACAUGGCUAUAGCAAUGAAGCAUGCCACCUCACAGUUGAACUUGCCAAGGACUUAUUGGCCAACCCUCCUGAUCUCAAGGUGGAACAGCCCCCAACCAAGGGGAAAAAAAACAAGGUAUCUACCAGCAAGCAGACAUGGAUGGCAACAAACACAUUAUCCAAAGCUGCUUUUCUGUUGACUGUGCUGAGUGAGCGGCAGGAAUACCACAACCUGGCUUUCCAGAUAGGCAUGUUUGCUCUGGAGCUGCAGAGGCCACCAGCUUCUACCAAAGCUUUGGAGGUAAAGUUGGCAUACCAAGAAUCUGAAAUAGUGGCCUUGUUGAAGAAAAUUCCACUUGGCUCUAAUGAGAUGAACACUAUUCGUGGAAGGGCUGAAGAACUGAGGGAAGGGACCCUGUGUGAUUACCGCCCUGUCUUGCCUCUAAUGCUGGCCAGCUUCAUAUUUGAUGUUUUGUGUACUCCAGUGGUUUCUCCUACAGGAUCCAGACCCCCAAGUCGUAACUGGAAUAAUGAAAUGCCUGGAGAUGAAGAGCUUGGUUUUGAGGCAGCUGUGGCUGCUCUUGGCAUGAAGACGACAGUGAGUGAAGCAGAGCAUCCUCUAUUGUGUGAAGGUACCCGAAGGGAAAAAGGCGAUCUGGCUUUAGCCCUGAUGAUCACUUAUAAGGAUGACCAGUCUAAGCUGAAAAAAAUUUUGGAUAAGCUAUUAGACAGAGAGAGCCAAACACACAAACCUCAGACUCUAAGUUCAUUCUACUCAUCUAGCAAGCCUACAGUAGCCAAUCAGAAAUCUCCUUCCAAACAUGCUACCCAGUCAGCUGCUGCACCCAUUCAGCAUCUCCCAGGGACAUCUGUCACACAACAAGCAGGAGUAACCGCUGCUGUCCAGAACAACCCUUCAGAGCCUUUCUUGGAAAAGAGCACUCAAGAGAACCCUCAUAGAUCCUCUUGUGACCCACCCAUGGAAUCCAGUGUCUUAAAACAAGAAGGGAAAGUUCCCAGCCGACUAGCCCUUGGAAACAGAGGGGGAUACAAUGGAAGAUGCUGGGGAUCACCAGUCAGACAGAAAAAGAAGCACACAGGAAUGGCCAGUAUUGACAGCAGUGCUCCAGAAACCACCUCUGACAGCUCUCCAACCCUCAGCAGGCGGCCACUGCGUGGGGGAUGGGCAGCCACCUCCUGGGGCAGAGGGCAGGAUAGUGACAGCAUCAGCAGCUCUUCCAGUGACUCAUUGGGUUCGUCAUCCUCCAGUGGAAGCAGGAGAGCCAGUGGAGGAGCACGUGCAAAGACCGUGGAAGUUGGCAGGUAUAAGGGCAGGAGGCCAGAGAGCCAUGCACCUCAUGUCCCCAAUCAGCCCUCGGAGGCAGCUGCACACUUCUAUUUUGAACUGGCCAAGACUGUUCUCAUCAAGGCAGGUGGAAACAGCAGUACUUCCAUUUUCACUCACCCAUCCUCCAGUGGCGGACACCAAGGGCCUCAUCGCAACCUCCACCUUUGUGCUUUCGAGAUUGGACUCUAUGCGCUGGGGCUGCACAACUUUGUCUCUCCCAACUGGCUCUCUCGGACCUAUUCCUCCCAUGUCUCUUGGAUCACAGGGCAAGCCAUGGAAAUUGGCAGUGCAGCCUUGAACAUCCUCGUGGAGUGCUGGGAUGGGCACCUGACCCCUCCAGAGGUGGCAUCCUUGGCUGACAGGGCUUCGAGAGCCAGAGAUUCCAACAUGGUGCGAGCGGCCGCAGAGUUGGCAUUGAGCUGCUUGCCACAUGCCCAUGCCUUGAACCCAAAUGAGAUCCAGAGAGCUCUGGUUCAGUGCAAGGAGCAGGAUAAUCUAAUGCUGGAGAAGGCUUGCUUGGCAGUGGAGGAGGCAGCCAAAGGAGGUGGCGUUUACCCUGAAGUCCUGUUUGAAGUUGCUCACCAGUGGUACUGGUUAUAUGAACAAACUGUUGGUGGGACCCUUGCUCAGAGGGAGGGAGCUACAGGCUGCAGUGCAAGUGGAGCCCGGGCAUCUUGUGAAGCAGUCCGUGGAUUGACAGAUAACAGAGUGACAUCAGAACCCACCACAGUGACUGUGGCAGCUGCAGUGACGGCAGCAGCAACGGUGGUGCCAGUUAUCUCUGUGGGGUCAACAAUCUACCAGCAGCACACCAUGGCAGGGCCAGCAAUGGCACACACCCAGGGUCUGCACCCCUAUACCACACUCCAGACUCACAUCCCUUGCAACCCUCAGUACAUUGGACACCCCAUCCAGCACAUGCCACGGCCAGCUGUUUUCCCUGUGCCUGGUUCCGCUUAUCCUCAAGGUGUCCACCCAGCAUUCAUUGGGGCACAGUACCCUUACUCGGUAACUACCCCGUCUCUGGCAGCUACAGCAGUGUCAUUUCCUGGAGUGCCUGUCCCAUCCAUGACGCAGAUUGCUGUGCAUCCGUACCAUGCGGAGACAGGCCUGUCGCUGUCUUCCAAUGUAGCAAUAGGAAGUGUUCAUGCGGGGUCCACAUUCCCAGCAAUUCAAGGGACUUCCUUGACGAGCCUGUCUACUCAACCCAGCUCCCUUGUUACGGGGGGCUUUCCUUCAGAGGAUGAGCAGCACAGUCAGCCUGUGAGCCCUCAAGGGUUGCACUACCUCCACUCUGCCUACCGAGUUGGGAUGUUGGCCCUGGAGAUGCUUGGCCGCAGAGCUCACAAUGACCACCCCAAUAACUUCUCACGCAGCCCACCCUAUACAGAAGAUGUGAAAUGGCUCCUGGGAUUAGCUGCCAAACUAGGUGUAAACUAUGUGCAUCAGUUUUGUGUUGGUGCAGCCAAAGGAGUCUUGAGCCCUUUUGUGCUGCAAGAGAUCAUCAUGGAAUCUCUGCAGAGGCUCAAUCCUGCUCAUGUCCACAACCACUUACGCACACCGGCCUUCCAUCAGUUGGUACAGAGGUGCCAGCAAGCAUACAUACAGUACAUUCACCACCGGCUGAUCCACCUCACUCCAGCAGACUACGAUGACUUUGUGAAUGCCAUUCGCAGCGCCAGAAGCGCCUUCUGCCUGACCCCUAUGGGUAUGAUGCAGUUCAAUGACAUCCUUCAAAAUCUGAAGCGCAGCAAGCAGACCAAGGAUCUGUGGCAAAGAGUGUCUCUGGAAAUGACCACCUUUUCACCAUGAGGCCCCUGCCCUCUUCUAGCUAGAGUUCUGUUCACAGCAUCCCUCUUUAUGGUUUGUUUUUUUUAAAUUUCAGCUGUUGGAAACCACUGAUUUGAUGUAUUUAUACCAUUACAUUCCUCUUCCAUGCAACUGUGGCUGUGCUCCACUUCCUUUCUUCUCUCCCCCCUGGUAGGUGGAGCCAAGAAAUCUGUUUUGUGAGUAUACGAGUGUGUGUGAGAAUGAGAGGAGCAGCUGGCUGAUGCUUGGUCAGUGUUCUCAGUACCCUUCAUGUUUGGAGGUGGUUUUUUUGAAUGAUCGGCUUUGUGUAUGCAUGUUAGGGGGUAGGGUGGAGCCUUUCUUUAAAAUAUUUAUUUUGGCAUUUAUAAAUAUGUAUACUACUUUCUAUAAAAUUCUAAACAAAUCCACUCAUUACGGGGCCCGGAGAGGCAGUUUGUCUUCUGCAUGUCCUGGGCUCCUCCACCACCAUUCCUUCCUGCAGCACCUUCCCAAGAGAGGAGCUCAGGCUGAAGUUGAGAGAGCUCCCUCAGCCAACACUGCCUACAUGUUGGGAUGGGCAAAGGCAGCUCAUGUAAAGUCUGGCCCCAGGACUGCUUCAACCUCUUCGCUGCUUGGACUAUGGCCCCAAAGAGUUUGCCAUCAGGCUUCAUAGGAUGUUCUAACCAUGGUGGUUGAGUUGUACAGUCAUGUUACUUUGGCUGGGAUAUUAGCUCUCCUGUAAUCAAUUUCUUAUUCCUUGUUUGUUUCCUGAUUAAAACACUCAUUUUCUUA